AUGGAAAUAAGGCUGGAAGAACUUGCAAAGACUGUUGAAAACCUACAGAUUGAAAACAAAAAUCUCAAAGAGUCCUUGAACGAACUCGACUCUAUAAAGACUGAAUUAAAAGUGACAAACACAACUUUACAUCGACUGGAAGAGACUGUCGACAUUAACUCUGCCUCGUCUCUCGCUCUUCAAGAUGGCUUGGAGAGAACAAGAACCGCCUUAAAUACAACUUACGCGGCAACAGAUUUAUUUCAAGUAAAACGUAAAGGUCCUCGCCCGGCCUUUUUAGCCAUCCUUUCAAAAGAUAUAUCGGCGACAACAGCAGGACGGACGAUUUUAUUUGACAAUGUUGUAACCAACAUCGGGUCAGCAUACAACGGCGAAACAGGCACGUUUACUGCACCAAUAGAAGGCUUGUAUCUGAUCUCUGUCAAAAUCACCGGUUACUAUAGUGGUUCAUCUAGCAGUGGAACUACCGAUUAUUACCAAUUGAAAAUGAACGACAAUUUGUAUCUUCGACUGUCUGCAAAUGUGAACGGAAACACGCAUCAUUUUGAUUCUUCCAGUGUCGUUACCGUUAUGGAGCUUGUGAAAGGCGACCGCGUUCAUGUUGACUGUAAACAAUCGAACAAAUAUGUCGAAGGAAGCGAAAGGAACACGUUCUUUUCCGGAUUUCUUAUUGAGUGA